CGAUAAUUUCCCGCCUUCUUCAUAUAGUGGACGAGAUCCUAAGCCAGAUCCGGGAGAUCAAGAGAGCAAAGUUGUCUUGGUAGCUCUACUGAUAAGGAUUCUGGCCUCCUUUACUGUUUAUUAACGAAUACUUAUUACAACGCAAGCUGAAAUGUAGUAACCUGAGCUUGAUUUUAGCCAGAAAUCACAUCGAUUUGAUCGCGAAGUUUUGCCGCCAUUUUCCAUUGAUUCAAGCCAGUCAUCAAGUUGCGUUGGUGAAACGACACUGGCACCAGAUAUACCCAAAGAAUUCUAUCCUUUCGAUAAAGACUUGCAAAGAUAACGUAAUACCCAUCUACAGUGACAGUUGAACACAACGAAGCCGGGAGCAAAAACCCAGAGCAUCUGCUUUGUGUAAAGCGACCGAUGAAAUACAACCCAGAGGACGCCAUCUUGGCUUAGUUUGCUUGUGUUGUGUUAUUUACAAUGGCGGAAAAUGAGCCAAGUUCAGCUCCUAACGCUGAAAGCCCUGCUAAUAAUGGCGAUGAAAACUUCAGUGAGGAUAUUAAGGACUAUGCAAAGACUACCAUGAAUGAGCUUCUGGGCAUGUUUGGUUACGAUGAUGAAAUGACCAGUGAAUCAGUCAGCAGUUUAGACAUCAAGGUCCCAGAUUCUAUGAAAGACACUAACUCCACAACGCCCAACCCUGUCACAACCACCUCAGCAUUAGGAGGGCCAGUGGACCCUGUCAUCGUCAGUGUAGAAGGUAGCACCACUGUCAGUGGUGUUGUAAGAAAGCAUGGUGAAGGAGUUGCUGUGUCAACAGCAAUAUCGCACUCGGCAACGACAGCAGCAUCUACAGCACCAACUGAUGAUAGAAAGACGGAGCCUGCAUUGGAUGUUGAUAAGACAGUGAUCAGUGCUACAGACACAGCACCCGUCCCCUCAGAUGCUAAAACAGCAAAAGAAGAACACCCUUCAAGCAGUAAGAAACACUGGACAGAAUACCUUCACAUUAUAGAGGGCAAAUCGGGUAAAGUAGCCAAACCCUGCACUUGGUGCAAGAAGAUUACCAUACAACAGGACUACUCAUUCAAGGAUGGCAAGCGGGUCCUGGAGUGCCGUAGCAUUUGCUCUAAAUCCUGCUUCCAAAAGGCUGCCCUCAGUAUAACCGUGGAUAAUGAUCACAUCAAGAGCGUCCAGAAACUGUUACGGGAAGAACUCCCUGAAGAAAGCAGUACAACAGCUGAUGCUCGACCGGGUCCGAGUACGGCAACUGGUAUUGGGGAUAACAGCCCACCAACAAGUUUUGUGACUCUACCCAGAGGAUUGGCUCCAGGCAUUGCCCCAUUUGUACCUCGCUCGAUGUCAUCCAGCAUACGACAGAGGGCCCUUGCGCCUGCACCAAUCGGACAGCCAUUUGCACCCCAAGCUCCUGCACCACGAUAUACGUUUCCACCUUUCAACUGGGAUCAGUACUUGGCGAGAACUCGCUCUGAGGCCGCACACUGGUCCUUUUUUAGACAGACUCCAGCUCCGCCGUACAAUGGCUUUAAAGUGGGGAUGAAGUUAGAAGUUACCGACCCCAGGAUAGUGGACACGGUUUGUGUGGGUACCGUAGUAGGCGUGUUAGGGUCACGCAUUAGAGUCCGCUUUGAUGGCACGGACGCCUCCAAUGAUGUCUGGCAUGUGGUGGACUCAAAUGAGAUUCACCCCUGUGGAUGGUGUGAGAAGAAUGGGGGCAUGUUACAGCCACCAAUGGGCUUCAAGUCUGAUCCUGGUAACUACCACAAGUUCAUUAGCAAAAGUCUUGCAGACGCUGAACUGGCACCUGGGAGGCUCUUCAAAAAGGAGCCACCGGCGCCGGAGCGCAACUUCUUCCAGAAAGGUAUGAAGCUGGAGGCAACAGACCCUAAGAAUCACGCCCUCAUCUGCGUCGCCUCAGUGGGUGACGUGCAGGGGGACAAAAUCCGUAUCGACUUUGACGGGUACCUCGGCUCUGACUAUUGGGCGCGUUUCGACUCCAGAAGCAUCUUCCCGGCGAGGUGGUGUAACUUCACAGGGCACCCCCUACAGCCACCAGGAAAUUCCAAGAGAGCCCAAAAAGCACUGUCUCAAAGUAUCAAAGCAAAGGAAGAGAAAAAGGACAAAAAAGAGAAAAGUGAAAAGGAAAUGAAAAAGUCAACCAAGUCUUCCCAGAGCACACCCUCACCGGCCUCGUCCCCAGACCCCUCAUCAUCCGCGGACUCGAGCUAUUCCCCCUCCGACUCUGCGGCUUCGUCUGACGACGAAGAAGAAGAGGAGGAAGAGGAAGAGAAAGAGAAAGAGGAAAAGCCUAAGCCCGAGCCUGAACUCGCGCCUCCAUUACCCACAGUGCAGGUCUGUAUCAAUCGCGGUUGUUAUGUGGGCGAGUACCUCCAUCAGCAAAAGGUCCUAAACCUCCCCUCCAGCUACCAGGGGAAAGUCGUACACGUGGUCAGGCAGGUUAUACAAAGCAUCGUGGACUGCGCACUGGACCAGAAGGUCGUAUUCGACUUCCUCAAACCUGGGAACGGCAGGGCGACCAUAUACGCGCGGAGUAAUAAACAGGUGAUGAGCUGUGUUCUACAGCAUGUCGAUCGCGUGUCCAUAUUCUGGAGGGUUCUAGAACGGUUCAUCAGCGACCUCAAGUGUUGCGAGAACCUCGUGGCCGACCACAGGGUUACAAAUACAUGUGGAAAGUGUAAGAGACGAGCUUACAAGCCAGAUAUACUCAAACGAGCACAGGACUCCCAAGCCACCAGCUCUAUCAAGACCAGCACUGUCAAGAGAGUCAGACUUGAAGAACCUGCAGUGAGCUCUCCGAAUGUCGGCUCCACAUCACCCGCUAAGACCUGGUCCGUGGACGAGGUGGUCAAGUACAUCGAGAAAACAGAACUCGCCGAGCACAUCCCACUCUUUAGACAACACGAAAUCGAUGGACGCGCCUUGCUGUUAUUAACCCGGCAAAUUAUCAUGUCGUACAUGGGACUCAAACUCGGGCCCGCCAUAAAACUACUGGACUUAGUGAACGACCUGAAAGCAAGCACCACAAAUGCGUGACACAAUCACGCAAUCAUAAGAACAUACUUGAAAUAGGCUUGCUGUCUAGCCACUUGACUUAAACUGUUUCCGUGACGCGAUCAUGUAACGCGGUACGUGUGCGUGACAAUCACAUAUAGGCGACUCGAUCAAGUUGCGUGAUGCAUGCGCGUGACAUUCGACAAGACCUGACAAGAUCCCGUGUUACGUAUUUGUGAUUCGAUCCCGUGAUACAGUACAUGUUCGUGAUUUGAUCAAGUGAUACGUGUUCGUGAUUUGAUCUCUCGAUACGUGUUCGUGAUUUUAUCAAGUGAUACGUGUUCGUGAUUUGAUCACUUCAUACGUGUUCGUGAUUCGAUCACUUCAUACGUGUUCGUGAUGCGAUCACUUCAUACGUGUUCGUGAUUUGAUCAAGUGAUACGUGUUCGUGAUUUGAUCACGUGAUUCGUGUUCGUGAUUUGAUCAAGUGAUACGUGUUCGUGAUUUGAUCUCUCGAUACGUGUUCGUGAUUUGACCAAGUGAUACGUGUUCGUGAUUUGAUCAAGUGAUUCGUGUUCAUGAUUCGAUCAAGUGAUUCGUGUUCGUGAUUCGAUCAAGUGAUACGAGCUCGUGAUUCGAUCACUUCAUACGUGUUCGUGAUUUGAUCAAGUGAUACGUGUUCGUGAUUUGAUCACGCGAUUCGUGUUCGUGAUUUGAUCAAGUGAUACUUGUUCGUGAUUCGACCAAGUGAUACGUGUUCGUGAUUUGACCAAGUGAUUCGUGUUCGUGAUUCGGUCAAGUGAUUCGUGUUCGUGAUUCGGUCAAGUGAUACGUGUUCGUGAUUUGACCAAGUGAUACGUGUUCGUGAUUUGACCAAGUGAUACGUGUUCGUUAUUUAAUCAAGUGAUACGUGUUCGUGAUUCGAUCAAGUGAUACGUGUUCGUGAUUCGAUCAAGUGAUACGUGUUCGUGAUUUGACCAAGUGAUACGUGUUCGUGAUUUAACCAAGUGAUACGUGUUCGUGAUUUGAUCAAGUCAUACGUGUUCGUGAUUCGAUCACUUCAUACGUGUUCGUGAUUCGAUCACUUCAUACGUGUUCGUGAUUCGAUCACUUCAUACGUGUUCGUGAUUUGAUCACGUGAUUCGUGUUCGUGAUUUGAUCACGUGAUUCGUGUUCGUGAUUUGAUCACUUCAUACGUGUUCGUGAUUUGAUCACUUCAUACGUGUUCGUGAUGCGAUCACUUCAUACGUGUUCGUGAUGCGAUCACUUCAUACGUGUUCGUGAUUUGAUCAAGUGAUACGUGUUCGUGAUUUGAUCACGUGAUUCGUGUUCGUGAUUCGAUCAAGUGAUACGUGUUCGUGAUUUGAUCUCUCGAUACGUGUUCGUGAUUUGAUCUCUCGAUACGUGUUCGUGAUUUGACCAAGUGAUUCGUGUUCAUGAUUCGAUCACGUGAUUCGUGUUCGUGAUUCGAUCAAGUGAUACGAGCUCGUGAUUCGAUCACUUCAUACGUGUUCGUGAUUUGAUCAAGCGACACGUGUUCGUGAUUUGAUCACGUGAUUCGUGAUUUGAUCAAGUGAUACGUGUUCGUGAUUUGAUCAAGUGAUUCGUGUUCAUGAUUCGAUCACGUGAUUCGUGUUCGUGAUUCGAUCAAGUGAUACGUAUUCGUGAUUCGAUCAAGUGAUACGUGUUCGUGAUUCGAUCAAGUGAUACGUGUUCGUGAUUUGACCAAGUGAUACGUGUUCGUGAUUUGACCAAGUGAUUCGUGUUCGUGAUUCGGUCAAGUGAUUCGUGUUCGUGAUUCGGUCAAGUGAUACGUGUUCGUGAUUUGACCAAGUGAUACGUGUUUGUGAUUUGACCAAGUGAUACGUGUUCGUUAUUUAAUCAAGUGAUACGUGUUCGUGAUUCGAUCAAGUGAUACGUGUUCGUGAUUUGACCAAGUGAUACGUGUUCGUGAUUUAACCAAGUGAUACGUGUUCGUGAUUUGACCAAGUCAUACGUGUUCGUGAUUCGAUCACUUCAUUCGUGUUCGUGAUUUGAUCACUUCAUACGUGUUCGUGAUUUGAUCACGUGAUACGUGUUCGUGAUUUGAUCACGUGAUUCGUGUUCGUGAUUCGAUCAAGUAAUACGUGUUCGUGAUUUGAUCUCUCGAUACGUGUUCGUGAUUUGACCAAGUGAUACGUGUUCGUGAUAUGAUCAAGUGAUUCGUGUUCGUGAUUCGGUCAAGUGAUGUGUUCGUGAUUUUAUCACGUGAUACGUAUGCGUGACACGAGCACGUGAUACGUGACUCGAUCAUGUUUUCUACCUUUGAAGAAAUACUAGGUGCAUGGCACGAAGACCAGAGAAGGCACAUGUCGUACCUGCAUUACCUAAACUUGUUCUGUUCGUGAGGCUCAAAAACUGAUGGGGCUAUAAGAAUAAGGAUAGAGAGAUUUACACUGUUAGCCAAAGAUAGAUGUGUAAGGAAUAGCAUGUUGAGCAUUUAUAAAAUGUAAAUAAUUCAAGCAAAUCGAAAAUGUUGAGAAUGUAUAGGGCUGGACCAUUAGAAGAUGUCGCGCCAAAUCAAAUGCUGGAUAUGUUUUUUUAGAGGCCUGCAUCAUCGAAGUUGUUUAGGUGUUGGGUAUUUUCAUGUCGCUUUGUGUUGAGGUGUUUUUACUUGCAACCACCUAUUCCCCUCGUCUUCCAAUGGCCUACCCCCUCAAGGCCUGGCUAAACAUUCUACAAGUUUGUCAAACAUUGCGAAAGACUCGAUUGUUAUAGCCACCUAUAAAACGUUGCACUCAUUGUCUUUCAAAGCAGGUCCAGAUUUUUUUAGAUUAAGCAUUUUCAUCAAAUACUCAGGUGGAGCUUACAUAAUUUGCCGUUUAGUCACUCUUCAGAAAAAAAAACACGCGCGCUUCGUCCUUUUAUCCUGUCAGUGCUAGAAUCUUCCAUGCGCCAUUUUGAUUACCUGUUUGAACGUCUAACCAGACCUUAUAUUAUCAGACUACCAUGACAUGGACUAUCCAUUUCGUGGGCAAUAACACUGAACAUGUAGGCUAAUGUACCCUGGUAACCAGAGCCUCCAGACUUCUCUCGUCCAGUGACGCUCAGCCAAAAUGCUGCGACGAGCUUCGCUACGAGGCUACUGCAACGAAUGCAGUAAAUUGCAACUAAAGAUCUUGUGUUUUUACAAAGUUUUAUUAUGAAUUUUUUUAUAUUGUUACUUGGCGUUAAACAUUGUAUAAAAUAGCGAUAUGAAGAGCAGUAAUUAGGCCCUACCCUCAGCAAUCCUACAUACGACUUGCAUGCAUGGCGUAGUUGUGUUUUUGUUUUGAUUAUUACUCAUCAUACAACUUUCUCUAUAUUAUUUGAAGCUUUAUAAAUGGAAUUGAGCUGUUUUAUUAAAAUUCACUUCUUAGA